CCAUCAACCCCAGCACCUUUCCUACGACCUACCACACACACACGUCACGCCUCCCUCGCCCGCUCCUCAUCUACACGGUUGAACACCCUUCCGUGCGCAUGGCCUCGUCUUCCGCCCGCAACGGCUCGCCCUCCCGAGGCCGGUCCACGAGCCCGAGGCCCCUGAGACGAUACGAUCAAGAUGAUGACAGCGAUGCCGAAGGCAGCCUCAUCGAUGGCCUCCCCGAUGGCCGCCAGCUGCAAGCUUUUGGACGAAAGGUUACGGCUACCGCAGGGAGCUUGAUAGGUGCCGAGGGUGUUAGCCAACACUACCAACACGCUUUGGGAGAACUGCAUCGCGAGCUUCGCCGCCCCAUGCUUCAGCGUUCCGUUUUCUCCUUCGCCCAGACCACCCCUCGCGAGAUUGUCCGCUCGCGGAUAUCAGUGCCCGAAAUCCAGCAACGAGCCCUGUCGUACCUGCCUGAUGAUCUCCUCACAAACAUCCCCGAGGACAAUAACGCCUAUUCGCUGUUCCAAGGCUUUCAAGCUUCGCUGCCAGAAGAGGAGGGUGCCAGCCAACAGCAUGGACGCCACAACGCGAGAGGACAGAGACUGAUAGGCGAAGACGUCAAUGAGGAUAGCACCAAUCUUCCACCCUCGAUGGUCAAGUUGAAAAACCAGAAACAUAGCAUGGGCCAUAGGCUGGAAAUGAUGGGAGUUCGCAAGCGCAUGUGUGCUGCAGAGAUACACGAAAUCGACAACAAGAUUGCGAACCUGAAUACCAUGCGUAAAAUUGUGCUGGAUCGUUUGGCUGGAUUGGAGAUGGAAGAAAUGGAUUUGGAACAAGAACUGCUCGACGUUGACAACCGGAUUGAGGACCUCGAGGAAGAACUAGAAGAUGCUGCAGCCCUGGCGCCCAAGUCUCCCGAUACACCAAGCAACAACACGAAUACCCCGGAAGCAGGCUCGCCCGAAUUCAUGUCAGAGUCCAUUUACCAAAAGAUCCAAUCGCCAAAAUCAAAACGGAAGAGGCUUAUGCACCGCAAAUCUAUGCCCAUCUUGCACGAACAUUUGGAGCCAGGCUCAAAGAUCAAGGAAUUGCCGGCUCACGUAGACACAAUCACAGCGCUGGAUUUUGAUGCACCAUGGGGAACCAUGGUCACAGCUGCGCUGGAUGACACCGUAAGAGUAUGGGACUUGAAUGCUGGAAGAUGCAUUGGGAUGCUUGAGGGUCACCUUUCCUCUGUGCGUUGUCUACAAGUGGAGGACAAUAUUGUGGCAACGGGUUCCAUGGAUGCUUCGAUCAGAUUGUGGGACUUGAGUAAAGCCGAGUAUGCUCCCAUGGACAGCAACAUUCAUAAGAAGCAUACAGAUGAACAGGAGGAGGACGAUGGCCUGACUUUCGAAAACUCCAACGACGCGCCUCCACCACCACCACCGACCAUCAUGCAAGAUUGCCCUCUGUUCUCGCUUGAAUCACAUGUAGACGAGGUCACUGCCUUGCACUUCCGGGGCGAUACACUGGUUUCUGGGUCGUCCGACAAAACGUUACGACAAUGGGAUCUGGUCAAGGGUCGAUGCGUGCAAACGCUAGACGUGCUAUGGGCUGCUGCACAAGCUAACGCAACAACCAGCACGACCAGCGGACAAUGGCGCCAGACGGGACGGGCAACAGAUGCGACUGCAGAUUUUGUCGGCGCACUUCAGGUUUUUGAAGCUGCGUUGGCAUGUGGUACGGCGGAUGGCAUGGUGCGCCUAUGGGACUUGCGAAGCGGGCAAGUCCACCGUAGUUUGGUCGGUCAUACAGGUCCCGUGACUGCUCUGCAAUUCGACGAUGUCCACUUGGUAACGGGCAGCGUGGACAGAAGCAUAAGGAUCUGGGAUCUUCGAACAGGCUCAAUAUUCGACGCCUACGCUUACGAUCACCCAGUAACGAGUCUCAUGUUCGAUGCACGGCGCAUCGUUGCCGCAGCCGGCGAAGACGUGGUAAAGAUUUACGACAAGACGGAUGGUAGGCAUUGGGCAUGCGGACCUGGAGUAGGCGUAGCCGCAGACGAAGACACGUCUACAAUGUCGACAAUUGAACACGUGCGCAUCAAAGACGGAUAUAUGAUUGAAGGUCGCAAGAAUGGAGUCGUGGGUGUUUGGUCAUGCUAA